AUGGACAGUAACAACGCCUUUUUCGGAGCUGCUGCUGUACCAGCAGGCGAACAAUCAGACAUAGCAAGCCAUAAUGUUCUCGACGGGGCUGAUGGCGCCGAAUGCGCUACAACCGGAAUCCAGGAGGCAACACCAGUACCAAUAACGCCUACUAACGAGACCGUAGCAGAAUACAAGUGUGAGACUCAAUCCAGCGGCGAUGAACAGUCUAUCAAUCUUGGCCUUCCGAAUCAGGUCCCACGGUUCAAGCCUGGCAGCGUCAUCAAAUACAUAUCGUAUUAUUCAGGAUGGCCGGGAGGACAAGGACGACUUAUCAGCGACACCAUGUGGGCCGCAGCAACAGAUUGGAACUCAAGGAAUCCUGGGGUGAAGUUCCAAUGGACACUCGUUCGGGCAGAAGCGGCUUUCGAGGUCGUAUAUGGCGGCGUACACGCGACAGCCGUGGCGUCAGCGUUCUUCCCAAACCAGCCGCGAGGAGCACAACCCAGACAAUUGCUGGUGUAUGAUAAGACUUUCACACCAAGUGGUCUGGCUAGAAUGAGGAACUCUUUUCAGCAUGAAUUGGGACAUGUGAUGGGCCUGCGACACGAGCAUGCGAACACCUCCAUCGAACCGACUCCAGCCAUCCUUAUAGGAGUGAAGAACCCGUUGUCGAUCAUGGGCUACUUAUUUCAAAGGUCAAUUCAAGCUACGGACAUUGAGUGGCUGAAAUACUUCUACACCUUAGCAAAUGGUACCGUUCUUCGAAGCGAAAACAACACAUACUCAUGGCCGAUCCGCGAUUACAACCCAUGA